UCUCUGUUCUUGCAAGCACAAUGCUGCACUCGAAGGAGGAGUGACGAGUAGGGUGUUCUCGUUUUUUUUUUUUUGCUGGAGUGCCGCGUGUUAUGGAUCAGAGCAUCACAUGCUCGUUCUCUCGCUCUAUCUAGGUCCCUCACAUCGGCACUCCAUCCUGAAGCACACAGAGGAGAAGGAACGAUGGAGACACUCUCCUGAUUUUGAGCCUUUUUAGAGUCACACUCAUCUCACUCUACAAAAUAAAGAACGAACAACACACACACACUCACACACACACACACACACCUGCAGUAGCCAUGACAACCUCAGCCCUGCGACGGCAGGUGAAGAACAUUGUACACAACUACUCGGAGGCCGAAGUGAAAGUGCGUGAGGCGACCUCCAAUGACCCCUGGGGUCCAUCCAGCUCUCUCAUGUCGGAGAUCGCCGAGCUGACAUUUAGUGUCGCCGCCUUUAGCGAGGUCAUGGCCAUGGUGUGGAAACGCCUCAACGAUCACGGCAAGAACUGGAGGCACGUCUACAAGGCCCUGACCCUGCUUGACUACUUGGCUAAGACUGGUUCGGAACGUGUAGCGCAGCAAUGCCGCGAAAAUGCCUUCACCAUCCAGACGCUCCGCGACUUUCAGUAUGUGGACCGGGACGGGCGCGAUCAGGGUGUGAACGUGCGUGAGAAGGCCAAACAGCUGGUGGCAUUGCUCAGGGAUGAGGACAGGCUCAGACAUGAGAGGGCGCUGGCGCUCAAGACCAAAGAGCGGUUAGCAAGCGCAGGAGGAGGUGGAGGGUCAGGUGCGGUACCUCCUUCGUACCCAAGCAGGAGGAGCAGCCAGCCGAGCAUGGCAGCACUGUACGGGGAGGAGUUCAGUCGCUCCAUGGGAUCUCCAUCCUCCUUUACCUCAUCCCCUUCGUCUCCAAGAGCCUCUGAUCUGGAGCACUCUCGCCCUCAAACCAGCGGAGAGGAAGAGCUGCAGCUACAGCUGGCUCUUGCCAUGAGCCGAGAGGAGCACCGCAAAGGUCAAGAGGAUGAAUCCGAAGUAGAGAAAGCUGUAGACAAGCGCAGGAGGGGCAGUGAAUCUGGACCUGGAUCUGGGGAGUCAGCCAUGAUUGAUCUGGUUGACAUAUUUGAACCAUCUGGACCAUCUGAAGUGCCGUCCAGUGAUGACCUCUGGGAUGCCCAGCCCUCCUGCCCUUUAACCUCUGAUCCCUGGAAGUCUGUAGCUGUGGUUAACCCAAGUACCCCUGUAGUUGGUAGUCCCUGGAAACCCCACCCCUCUUCCAGUAGCCCAGAUGACCAUUGGGUUAUAAACCAAUCUCCAUCAGAUCCAUGGAUAUCCCUGCCCACUAAGUCCACAAAGAAAUCUGCAGAACAACCCUGGAGGAGUCCAGUUCGGCCAGCCUCAGCAGGAGUCGGCCAAUUUCCCAUUCGGGAGGAAGAGGAACCUGGAGACAAACGACCUAACAGUGUGUUCAGCCCUCGCUGUGAGAGUCCAGCAGAUAUAGACCCAUUUGCUGAAUUGGUGGUGGGUGGGCAGGUAAAUGGCAGAGUUGAGGCAAGUUCGGUGACCUUUGACCACUCUCAUCUUGGCCCCCCACUGGAUUCAGUGACACAUAGAAAGUGCUGCACACCAGAGGCUUUUCUUGGCCCUACUGCUGCAUCACUCAUCAACCUAGACACACUCAUUCCCCCAAAACAACACUCACAAACACAGACGCUCAUCCCGUCAAACAUACCGGCCAACAACAAGAACCCCUUCCUCUCAGGUCUGAGCGCUCCCUCACCCACUAACCCAUUCCACUGUGACCAACGCAGACUGACUCUGAAUCAGAUGCGUCCGAACUCCACUUCCCCAUUGCCUGCCCAUGCUUUGCCCGGUGCUCUUCCCUACAGUGCCUCUCUUCCCCUGCCCUCAUCCCAAAACAUGCCCCAGCCUCUGGACCUGCCCCCUAACCUUCCCCAGCCCUUGUUGCCCCUCUCAUCAAUGCCCCGCCUCCAAACAGCCCCCCAGCUCCAGAGCCACGGCAACAAUCCCUUUCUCUGAAGGCCAAAAAUCCCUUGAUAGAGAUCAGAACCGAGGCUCUUAUCUACAUGCUCAGUGGAGCUGAAGUGAAACAUGCUGGAAAUUGAAUUCAAUGUGAACAGACAAAUGUGGAUUUAACAUAUCAAAAAUGACACACUCUGAAUGUAAUAAAAACCACACAUUAGGUUUUAGAGUAAAAUUUACCACUAAAUUUGAGAAUAGUGUUUAAAGGUAACUAAAAUGACCUUAUUAAGAGAUGCCGUACUCUUUCAUUGAUGCUAACAGAUACUCCAUUAACCACAGUCUCUAGCAUGCUGCUUAUGAGAUGGAGUUCAGCUGUCACAUGCUGCUUAUGAGAUGGAGUUUAGUUGUCAAUCAGCAUGGCUCCGCCCCUUUCACAAUCAAAAGGGUCUGUCAAUCUAAAGGAUGCAAUGCUCUCAGACCCAAAGUGUGCAGAUAUUGGCUACGGGAGGGGGAUGACCAACAUUUCAGGAAUACCGACAUGAACUAAUGAUCCGUUUUUUCUUCUCUACAAAGCUCAUUUGUUUUUUAUUGCCUUCUGUCUAUGGAUACUUGCCUAUUCAGGGUCUAGCUACAAUUGUAAGCCUUGGCCUUGCCUCACAGAACCAUGUGCCUGACUCAAUGGCUUGCUCACAAUGCACCGAAAGAGGUGGUGGUGGUGGUAAAGAGGGGGGGUGGUAUUGUUAUGGUAUCUCCGCACAACUUGGACCUCAGGAGCCCUGCUAACCAAAACCUGCACAAUCAAGUAACUGCUCACAAGCAACUGUCUAUAUCUGGAGACUUUUAAGUAAAAGAAAAGAAAAGUGAUGGAUAAAAAGGAAGAAUGAACAAGGAUAGUCUGGUUAUACGUUGUAAUGCUGAACUUCUCUAUGCUGUUCUUCUGUUGAACAAUAUAUUGAUUUAUUUAUAAAUACAAG